AUGGACCAAACACUUUAUGGAAUUUCGAAAUUUUUUAAAUAUAAUUUAAAAACUAAUCAAAUUGAUCAAACAGAACAAAUUCAACCUUUUAUGAUCGACCAUAUACAAUUUAAUCCAAUAAGUAAUCGAUUAUAUGCAAUUAUUCAUGAUUCAACUCGACGAAAUUAUUAUUUAGUAGAAGUUGAUAUAGAAACAUUACAAAUAAAAAAACAAAUCAUGCCACUUUCUGAUCGUAUUUCACCAAUGUCUGGAAGUUAUUUUAAUUCUCAAACACAAUUAUUUACUUAUCAUGCUUAUGAUUUUCAACAAGGUCACACUGUAUUGAUUACAUUGGAUUUAUCAGAUAGUGCAACAAAAAUACUUGUUGGAUCAAAAGAAUUUGAUUUCAAUGUUUAUGGUUUUGGUUAUAUUCAACCAGAUAGUUUAGUUGCAUUAUGGCAAUAUAGUAUUAUAACACCAAUGGUUGUGAUCAAAAUAGAUGAACCAACGGGACAACAAAUCAAAAAUGUAACUAUAACACCUGAUGGUGUUAGAAUUGCUCAAGGUUAUAAACCAUUUUCCAUGGAUUUUCAAAAUAAAUUAUUUUAUGUUUUGUCAUCGACAGAAGAUUUAUCAACAAGAUAUAUUUCAAAAAUUAAUAUGGAAACAAUGAAUGUUCAAAUAACAGCAGUUAAAGGACACAUUAUUAAAGAUUAUAUUUUUUAUAAACGAGAAUAA